AUGGCCCUGCUGCCGGGGCCCGCGCUCGCGGUGCUGCUGCUGCUGGCGCUCCCCGCCGCGCUCCGGGGCCAGGAGGAGGCCCAGUCCACCGACUGGAGGGCCACCCUCAAGACCAUCCGCAACGGCGUGCACCGCAUCGACACCUACCUCAACGCCGCCCUGGACCUGCUGGGGGGCGAGGACGGGCUCUGCCAGUACAAGUGCAGCGACGGAUCUAAGCCCGUCCCACGUUAUGGUUUUAAACCUUCCCCGCCGAAUGGAUGUGGCUCUCCACUAUUUGGUGUUCAACUUAAUAUUGGCAUCCCUUCCCUGACAAAGUGCUGCAACCACCACGACCGGUGCUACGAGACCUGUGGCGAAAGCAAGAACGACUGCGAUGAGGCGUUCCAGCACUGCCUCUCCAAGAUCUGCCGCGAGGUGCAGAAGACACUGGGACUAGCGCAGCACGUCCAGGCCUGUGAAACCACAGUGGAGCUCUUGUUUGACAGUGUGAUACAUCUGGGCUGUAAGCCGUACCUGGACAGCCAACGGGCCUCGUGUUGGUGUCGCUAUGAAGAAAAGACGGAUCUUUAA